AAGAACUUUGUUGAAACAAGGAAGAAAUAUUGAACAAAUGGGGAACUAUAAAUCCAGACCAACCCAAACUUGCACUGACGAAUGGAAAAAAAAGGUUAGUGAAUCAUAUGCUAUAAUCAUUGAAAGAUUAGAAGAUGAUCUAUUAAUCAAAGAAAAAGAACUUGCUGAACUAAAGCAUGUUUUCAGCUCUGAUGAAGCCUUCAGCAAAGUUAAUUUGAAUUAUCGUACAGAAAAUGGGCUGUCUCUUCUGCAUUUGUGUUGUAUUUGUGAAGGUAAUAAAUCACACAUUAGGACUCUCAUGCUGAAAGGAUUGCGUCCAUCUAGGCUGACAAGAAAUGGAUUUACAGCUUUGCAUUUAGCAGCUUACAAGGACAAUGCAGAACUUUUAACAGCCUUAUUGCACAGUGGAGCUGACAUCCAGCAAGUUGGCUAUGGAGCACUUACAGCUCUCCAUAUUGCUACAAUAGCUGGUCACCAUGAGGCUGUUGAUAUACUUUUGCAACAUGGGGCUUAUGUCAAUGUUCAAGAUGCUGUUUUUUUCACUCCUUUACAUAUUUCAGCCUAUUAUGGCCAUGAACAGGUAACACGACUCUUGCUGAAAUUUGGUGCUGAUGUGAAUGUGAGUGGAGAAGUUGGAGACAGACCCCUUCAUUUAGCUUCAGCCAAAGGAUUUCUCAAUAUUGCAAAGCUUUUGAUGGAGGAAGGAAGCAAGGCAGAUGUGAAUGCUCAAGACAAUGAAGACCAUGUGCCUCUCCACUUCUGCUCUCGAUUUGGUCAUCAUGAUAUCGUCAAGUUUUUGCUUCAAAGUAAUUUUGAAGUCCAGCCCCAUGUGGUCAAUAUUUAUGGAGACACACCUUUGCAUCUCGCUUGCUACAAUGGCAAGUUUGAAGUUGUGAAGGAAUUAAUUCAGCUUUCUGGAACAGAAAGCCUCACUAAAGAGAAUAUUUUCAGUGAAACUGCCUUUCACAGUGCAUGCACCUACGGCAAAAACAUAGAACUCGUAAAGUUUCUUCUUGACCAGAAUGUGUUGAGCCUCAGUCACCAAGGAAGAGAUGGGCAUACAGGGUUACAUUCGGCUUGUUAUCAUGGCCAUAUCCGUCUCGUGCAAUUUCUACUGGACAAUGGAGCUGAUAUGAAUCUUGUAGCCUGUGAUCCCAGCAGGUCUAGUGGUGAGAAAGAUGAGCAGACCUGUUUGAUGUGGGCCUAUGAGAAAGGACAUGAUGCUAUUGUUACACUUCUGAAACAUUAUAAAAGACCACAGGAUGAAUCCCCCUGUAAUGAGUACUCUCAGCCUGGAGGAGAUGGAUCUUAUGUAUCAGUUCCAUCACCUCUGGGGAAAAUUAAAAGCAUGACUAAAGAAAAGGCAGAUGUUCUCCUUCUCCGCGCUGGUCUGCCAUCCCAUUUUCACCUCCAGCUCUCAGAAAUUGAGUUCCAUGAAAUUAUUGGCUCAGGGUCGUUUGGAAAAGUAUACAAGGGAAGAUGCAGAAAUAAAAUAGUGGCUAUUAAACGUUACCGAGCCAACACCUACUGCUCCAAGUCAGAUGUCGACAUGUUUUGCCGUGAAGUGUCUAUCUUGUGCCGACUCAAUCACCCCUGUGUCAUCCAGUUUGUUGGAGCUUGCCUGGAUGACCCAAGUCAAUUUGCUAUAGUGACCCAGUACAUAUCUGGAGGAUCUCUCUUUUCCCUAUUGCAUGAACAAAAGAGGAAUCUUGACUUGCAGUCAAAAUUAAUAAUUGCAGUAGAUGUUGCUAAAGGUAUGGAGUAUCUUCACAACCUUACCCAGCCAAUUAUACAUCGUGACUUAAACAGUCACAAUAUUCUCCUGUAUGAAGAUGGCCAUGCAGUUGUUGCUGAUUUUGGAGAAUCCAGAUUUCUCCAGUCCCUGGAUGAAGACAACAUGACAAAGCAACCUGGGAACUUGCGCUGGAUGGCCCCUGAAGUAUUCACACAGUGUACUCGAUACACUAUAAAAGCUGAUGUAUUCAGCUAUGCUCUGUGUCUGUGGGAACUGUUAACAGGGGAAAUUCCAUUUGCUCACCUCAAACCAGCUGCUGCAGCAGCAGAUAUGGCAUACCAUCACAUCCGACCUCCAAUAGGCUAUUCAAUUCCCAAGCCAAUUUCUUCAUUGUUAAUGAGGGGCUGGAAUGCAUGUCCUGAGGGAAGGCCUGAAUUUUCUGAAGUGGUCUCCAAAUUAGAAGAAUGUCUAUGCAAUAUUGAGUUGAUGUCACCAGCUUCUAGCAACAGCAGUGGUUCUCUUUCUCCUUCCUCUUCUUCGGAUUGCCUGGUUGCUCGAGGAUGCCCUGGCCGUAGCCAUGUUGCUGCUUUGCGAAGUCGCUUUGAGUUGGAAUAUGCCUUGAAUGCAAGAGCUUAUACUGUCUGGUCACAAAGCACUGGGCAGCAUCCUUCUCAAGGCCUUUCUUUGGAAGAGAUGAGGAGAAAUUUUCAAUAUCCACCAAUUGACCGAAAUGGUUAUGUGUCGGAUCCCAUGAGUACAAUGCGAUUUCAUUCCUGUAGCAACAGUGGCAGCUUUGAAGACAGCGGCUGACAGCAGGAACUAUCUACCUGAAGAGAGAUUCUCCACAAACUGGAAGCAACAUUUCUUAGUGUGUGUCACUGCAGCUCCCAACCAUCAUAAAUUAUAUCAA